CCCGCCGGACAAGGGACCGGACAGUCCUGAACAGUCCUGGACAGCUGGCGCCAGCCGCGCCUGGACCGCAGCCUCCGCAGCGCGGCCAUGGGCGAGUGGGGCUUCCUCAGCUCGCUGCUGGACGCGGUGCAGGAGCACUCGCCCAUGGUGGGGCGGUUCUGGCUGGUGGUGAUGCUCCUCUUCCGCAUCCUGGUCCUGGCCACCGUGGGCAGCGAUGUCUUUGAGGACGAGCAGGAAGAAUUCGUCUGCAACACGCAGCAGCCGGGCUGCAAACCCGUUUGCUACGACGCCGCGUUCCCCAUUUCCCACUACCGCUUCCUCGUCUUCCACGUUGUCGUGCUCUCAGCCCCCGCCGCCCUCUUCGUCAUCUUCGCCGUGCACCAGGCAGCCAAGCCGGGGCGCGGGGGGGCCCCCGGUCAGCGUGCCCGGCGCCUCCAGCCCUUCUACGUGGGCAGCGUGGUGGCUCGCAUCGCUGCCGAGCUGGGCUUCUUGCUGGGGCAGGCGCUGCUCUACGGCUUCAGGGUGCAGCCGCUCUUCGUCUGCCGCCGGCGGCCCUGCCCGCACCGCGUCGACUGCUUCGUCUCUCGCCCCACCGAGAAAACCGUCUUCAUCCACUUCUACUUCGUGGUGGGGCUGGUCUCGGCGCUGCUCAGCCUGGCCGAGCUCGCCCACCUCCUACGCAAGGGCCCCCCGCCCCGGGCUGGGUGCUGCCACCGGCCCCAGGAGCGGGCACCGGCCCCCGGGCAGCCGGCGGGGGUCCUACAGGAGCCCAGCUGCCCCCCCGGCCCCCCGCUGCGUGGGGACCUGACGGUGUAGCCGGCCUCUGGCUGCCAUCGCCGGCACGAGUUGUGGCCGUUCUCAGCCCGUGCCAGGGGUGCACGGCUGUGCCAUGCCCCGCUGCCCCCGGUUCCUGUCGUGGGCGGCGGAUGGGCCUCACCCGGCAGCUGCUGGGAAAAAAAAUACGGACAAAAGGAAAACAAACAG